AUGAGGCUGCUUGAAAAAAUGCAAAUAAAUUUUGAUGAAGACCAUUUAAAACAUAUUUUCAAGAAAACUGUGGACAAACAGUCAGGAAAUAUUAUUAGCAUGGACGACUUCAGAGCAAUUUAUCGAGCUCUUGUACACAGGCCUGAAUUUGAAGAACUAUUCAAGGCUUACUCGACAGAUGGCAAAAUUCUACCUGACAGCCAGCUCCUUAAAUUUCUUAUAAAAGAACAAUUUCAAACUGAAGCUAAUGAAACAACUGCCUUAGAAAUUAUUAUGAAGUAUGAACCCAUUGAUGAAGUGAGGAAGAAAAGGCAGUUGUCAUUUGAAGGAUUUAUAAGAUACAUGAACUCAGACGAAUGUUCAAUAUUUAAAAGCCAGCACAAGACCGUCUAUCAAGAUAUGAACCAGCCAUUAUGUGACUAUUUUAUUUCAUCUUCUCACAACACCUACUUGAUAGCUGACCAGCUAAUGGGACCCAGUCACUUAUGGGGCUAUACCAGUGCUCUGUUAAAAGGAUGCCGUUGCCUGGAGAUUGACUGCUGGGAUGGCACCAACAAUGAACCUAUUGUGUAUCAUGGUCACACUUUAACAAGCAAAAUUCCAUUUCGCUCUGUAAUUCAUGUGAUUGACAAGUAUGCAUUUAUGUCAUCUGCCUAUCCAGUUAUACUGUCUCUGGAGAACCACUGCAGCCCUAAACAGCAGGAAGUAAUGGCAGACUGCUUGAAAAGUAUUCUGGGUGACAAACUUCUCACUACACCAAUUGUUGGUGCAGUAGAUAUGACUGAACUGCCUUCUCCUGAGGCAUUAAAAUUCAAAGUUCUGAUAAAAAAUAAAAAAGUUGGAACAAUUGAGGAAGGUCUGCUCAGGAUGGAUGCUGAAUAUGGUGGUGAGACAGAGGAACUGAGUGACUCUGAAUCUGAGUCUGAGGAUGACGACACAGAUGACACGUUACCUCUUCAGCCAUCAAGGAGUCCCACCAGAAGAAGAAGAGAUCAUAGACCUUCACCCCCACCUCAAAAAAAACCAAAGGUGAGAAAGGGAAAGAUUGCCCUUGCAUUGUCAGACCUCGUGGUUUAUACCAAAUCUCAGAAGUUUGUGAGCUUUGAGCAUUCCCUGCAGCAUCAGCAGUGUUAUGAAAAUAAUUCAAUUGGAGAGAGUGCAGCACGAAAACUUUUAAGAUCUUCAGUGGCCUUAAACUUCCAAACACCGGGAACUCAAAUGGAAUUGCAAGAUGGAAAAUUCCUGGACAAUGGUGGUUGUGGCUAUGUGCUGAAACCUGUAUUCUUGAGGGAUCGCAAUACCACAUUUACACCCCGAAAUGUGGGAGGAUACAGCAAACCAAUGUCUCUGUCAAUAAGGUCUGGGUGCCAGAUUACAGGGCAGUCUGAGACAAAAUUUCCUGGUUUUGGAAAUUUUGGUCAAAGCACAUCAGGAAGCUCACUGAAUGAAGAGUUUUUGUCUAAUACUAAGGAAUACUGUGCAAGAGAUGAGGCACAGCUCAUCAGUGGCCAUCAGUUACCACGCAGCAGCAUGUCAAGGACCAACAAUGCUGACCCCAUGGUACAGAUAGAAAUCCAUGGUGUGCCAGAGGAUGAAGCAAGAAAGAAAUCUAGUGUUGUAAGAAGCAAUGGUGAGCAUCAGUCUGCUCCUCGAGGCUGUGAACAAAGCACAACAACAUUUUAUAAGGAAACACCAACUUUGCAUCCCAAGGAGUUAUAG